AGGUUAGCUGCUCCAUCGCGGACGCCAGGGGCGUGGUAGGAAUUCUGGGCCGCGGGCCAUUCAAGGUCAGGGGCGCACGCUUCCAUCCUGGGCCUCCCCGGCUCCAGGCCUCCGCCUGGCCAGGGACUCCGACAUUCUCUUGCAAGGCUGGGGUGCCUCUAGCCCCAACCCAGGGAACAAAUCAGGAAAGACCCCUUGACCAGUGGAGAUUCCGGCCAAAUUAGGAGAGACAGGAGUGACAGGGGCUGGGAUCCUGGCCUUGUCAAUUACCUUUCCCUCUGUAAGCCGCUCUCUACUCCCAAGAGUUGCCUUUGCCUCUUUUUCUUCCUUCCUUCUUUCCUUCUCGCCUUUCUUCCUCUUUUAUCUUUCUUGUUUUCUUAGCUCCUUUUUUUUCUCUUUCCUUUUCUUUAGUUUUCUUUCAUUUUCAGUCUGUGUCCGGGUUUUCUUCCUCUGCCACCUUUCAUUCCCCAACCACUCCUUUGGGACGGACCCUGGAGACAUCAGGGCCUGCAGGGGGGAAACCUGGAGGGAUCUUACUUUUCUAUGCGUGCCCAGGUGGAGGUCAGAAUCUGCUGCGGAAGGGCUCAAGGGCCGCGGCUGUCGAGGGCUGCGGGUCUGGGCCUGGCCGAGCCGAGGCGCAGACAAGGCCUCGGUUACGAUCACGACCGUAUGGCGGCGGCCUGGCGUUCCUACUCCGCGGGUCGGCAACGGCAGCCUAAGAGAUCUGAUUAGGAGGCAUUCAGGGUUUUGUGUGUGUGUGUGUGUGCCUACUCCUCGGGCAAGGAGGCCAGGACCUGGACUGAGGCCCAGCCAGGUUCAGUGGAUCAUCACGCAGGAAACUCGGUGGGGAAGCUUUCUCGGCUCCGCAGGCCUACCAGUCCAGGCUCGGGCUUUAACCGCGAUAAGGGAGCCCCGCUAGGACAAAGAUUGGCUGCUUGCCUGCCGGUAGCUUAUAUUAGGUUCAGACUAUGUCAGAUAUGGCAUCCUUGUAAGGACAGAUGCUGGAGAAGGGAAGCCUCUGGUGCCAGUCCGUUUCAACUAAUAUAGGAAAGGAAUUCUAAAUUCCACAACCCUUGGGAUACAAACUUGAGUCCAUGUUCCAAGUUGUAGGCCACCGUUGGAAGCCAGAGGGACCAUUUUCACUACCAGGAACUGAAAACAACUUCCACGCUUCCCUGUCCUCCAACACACUUGCCGGGCCUUCAGGCUCAAGCCCACGGAGCAGUGGUUUCCUUCCCAGCUCCAGCAGCCCAGGAAUUAUUUUCACUGCUCAGUCUGUGCUCCUGUUACCCGAAAGGCCAGUACACUUCCCCUGAAUUCCUCUCUGCCAUUUUCAGGACCUGAGUACUGGAUUUGUUUUGGAGGCCAAGGUUUUUGAACUCUGGGGCUAGAAAAUGCAGUUUUAAUUACACCCAUUUGUUAUUUUUUAUAGGCACACACAGCUCCUUUCACUUCUCCAAUAAGAGCAGACACAGGAGCCUGAAUAGUCUCUCUUCAAACAUGUGGACUGCAUAGGAAUAAUAUUUGGUUUUUUGAUACCCCUCUCUUCUAGGCACCAGUUUCAUACUCAAGGCCUGCUAAUUAUUUAGUAAUGAUGGUGUGUGUGUGGUGGGGGCGGUUAAAGCUAAACAAACAGCCUUUCGUUUUAAACUUACUGUUAAUAAUCCUUGUCUUCUCCGGUUACGGAAAAGUGGAAAUGCAACCUGGCGUGUCCAGCCCGUUUGCAUACAAUUACAAUUAGGAGCGAAGGUUUCCUCCGGGGUUAAUUUCUCUUAAUGAAAAUCUAAGAGGUCCGGUGAACUGCCAGAUAUCUGGGACACCUUGGGCUGCGGUGGGGGUGGGGAUGAGGCGGAGGGAUUUACAAGGGAAAGAAAAUAUUAGUAAGGAGGGGGCUGAGGCGGCCGGCCGGCCACGUCGGAGUUCAUUGUGUCGGCCGCUUCCCUCUUCCGGCUCCGACGAGGAAGGGGCACCCGGUUGCUCUUCGUGCGGCUUCGCAGCCUCAUUCUCGGGGAGAACCUGGCAUUUGAGGGCUCCCGCCUGGGUUAGGGAUGUAUCACGGUUGGGGGAGGGGGUUAAUGGGACUGUCGGGGAGGAUGAAGGCAAAAAAGAAGCUGGAGCGACUCAUGCCGCCCACCCGCCCGCCCGCUCUCUCGCCCUCGCCGCCAGGGAAGUGGGCUAAUGAGAAACACACGCUUGCAAACACAGUGUUCACACGUGAAUUUAAUUACCCCGUUUUUAGGAGUCGUCUCUUUCUGUCCGGAUUUGGGGUAGCCCCCCCCCCCAAUUAACAUACAGGCCUUGGCCUUUUAAUUUACCUCUGAAAGACCCUAAGCGGUAAGAAACAUCCUUCUCAAUUUGGCCAACCUAAGGAAUGAGAUUAAAAGCCAAUGCCUUGUGCAGCUUCCCGUUUUAAUUUCUAGCCCUGGACUUGAGCUGCGGCCCCUUGCUGGGGACUUUGUAACUGUACUAAGCUGCGGGUCGGAUGGGUAACCGAGGAGGGCCCCAGGCGGCGGCCAGGAAGGAAGGGGCCCAUGGCCAGCCGCCCCGGUGCUGCGGUCCUCCCAGCUUGGAGCAGCGGGGUCUCUUAGGCGGGGCUGCUUUUUCGCCAGCCGAAGUCGCCUUCCACUGAUGCUGCCUCGUAUUUUUUUGUUGUUGUUGUUGUUUUUUGUUUUUGUUUUUGUUUUCCCCCCUCCCGCAGCUCAGGUUCAGGGAAUUCGACCAGGCUUGCAGAGAUCAGCGUUAAGGCUCCGAGCACAGAGCUGAGGCGCCUGCUGCGUCCGCCCAGGGAGAGUGAUUCCCUGCUGACGCUGAGCCGGGCGCGCGUGUGCGCGGGGUUGGGGCCGAACCGGGCGGCACAACCAGGCCCUCAAACCGAUCGCCUCGGGGACUGCCGGCCACUUUCUCCCUGGCCGCUCCUCCAGGCCCUCGCCGGAGGCUCAGUGGUGAAUUUGGGAGCUGCUCGGGAGUCCAGCAGUCCAGUCGGGCAGAUUCUAGGGCCGCAUAAUAGGUGGUGCCCUCUCGGCGGCCUGUCCCUGACCAGCGCGCUGGGGCAGGGGCAGCGGUGGCUCAGUUUGGGACGGAUACUGCGUUGAAUUUGACUUUUCUCAGCCAGCCCGGGGUAAACUCGCAUCUCCCGGGACCGCAAAGAUUAUUUACAGGGAGCUCGCCAACCAAACACAACAGUCUAAUUUAACCUUUCCAAGUCCUCGUAAAUUUUUACAGCUGGGAGUCACGACGAGACAAACGAAUCUGUUGGUCGUUCCCAACUUCCCACCAGCCUGUGUGGCUUCUGAAACAAUAACUCCUUAUGAAAUAUCAUAAAUAUGGAUUUAAAUACAGUAGAGCGAGAAUGCGAUUUGGCUGCUUUUUUAUGGCUUCAAUUAUUGUCUAAUUUUAUGUGAGGGGCUCCACUGGCCGCACUCGCACGCGGGACCCGCGCCUUGCUGAUGGCGUGAUUAAUUGUGAUAUAAAAUAGUCCGCUUAAGAAGUGUGUGUCUGGUGGUGGCGGUGGGAGGGGAGGCAGUACAGAGGCAAGGCCAGAUUUGAUCUUUUAAUCUUCGUUGGCCACAAUUAAAACAAACCCGAUCGUGGAGCGCCGCGAUCCCUUUGCAUAAAAACAUAUGGCUUUUGCUAUAAAAAUUAUGACUGCAAAACACCGGGCCAUUAAUAGCGUGCGGAGUGAUUUACGCGUUAUUGUUCUGCGAAGCGAGCACGUGACGCGCGCGGCCAAUGGGGGCGCGGGCGCCGGCAACUUAUUAGGUGACUGUACUUCCCCCCCCUGGUGCCACCAAGUUGUUACAUGAAAUCUGCAGUUUCAUAAUUUCCGCGGGUCGGGCCGGGCCGGCCAGGCGCGGGGCACGGCGAUGGCCACCACCGGGGCCCUGGGCAACUACUACGUGGACUCAUUCCUGCUGGGCGCCGACGCCGCGGAUGAGCUGAGCGCGGGCCGCUACGCGCCGGGAGCCCUGGGCCAGCCCCCCAGGCAGGCCGCGGCGCUGGCCGAGCACCCCGACUUCAGCCCUUGCAGCUUCCAGUCCAAGGCGGCGGUGUUCGGCGCCUCGUGGAACCCGGUGCACGCGGCGGGCGCCAACGCGGUGCCUGCGGCCGUGUAUCACCACCAUCACCACCACCCCUACGUGCACCCCCAGGCGCCCGUGGCGGCGGCGGCGCCGGACGGCAGGUACAUGCGCUCCUGGCUGGAGCCCACGCCCGGCGCGCUCUCCUUCGCGGGCUUGCCCUCCAGCCGGCCUUAUGGCAUUAAACCUGAACCGCUGUCGGCCAGAAGGGGUGACUGUCCCACGCUUGACACUCACACUUUGUCCCUGACUGACUAUGCUUGUGGUUCUCCUCCAGUUGAUAGAGAAAAACAGCCCAGCGAAGGCGCCUUCUCCGAAAACAAUGCUGAGAAUGAGAGCGGCGGAGACAAGCCCCCCAUCGAUCCCAGUAACCCGGCUGCCAACUGGCUCCACGCUCGCUCCACACGGAAGAAGCGCUGCCCGUAUACAAAGCACCAAACACUGGAACUGGAGAAAGAAUUCCUGUUCAACAUGUACCUCACCAGGGACCGUAGGUACGAGGUGGCCCGAUUGCUCAACCUCACCGAGAGGCAGGUCAAGAUCUGGUUCCAGAACCGCAGGAUGAAAAUGAAGAAAAUCAACAAGGACCGAGCAAAAGACGAGUGAUGCGAAGGCGAUCCAGUUCAUUUAGAGAAGAGAGAGCGAGCUAGAGAGAAGAAGAACUGCCCGUCCCCUUCUUCUACCCCCACCCCACCCCAGCCUCCACCACCCCGCACAAAGCGGCUCUAAACUCCAGGCCCUCAUCUCCCCCUGGCAAACCCCGCUCAGGCUGGCUCCUUGGCCUGCCACUUUGAUGGAGGAGGUAUUGUAAGCUUUCCAUUUUCUACAAGACGGAAAAAAAAGGGGGGCAUUAGCGCUGAUGGCUGUGUGUGCUAGCCUGUAUAUAUUAAAAAAAAAAUCUACCUGUUCCUGACUUAAACAAACAGACAAAAAAAAAAAACUACCUUUUUAUAAUGCACAACUGUACUGCGGGCUGUAUAGUUUUUAGUCUGUGUAGUUAAUUUAAUUUGCUUUUUGUGCGGCAGAGCGAUCUGCCCAGAUACUUGAACACUGUGUUUUAUUGUGGUAAUUAUGUUUUGUGACUCAAACUUCUGUGAUGGGUGACGCACCCGUUGUGAUUGUGAAAAGCUAGAAUUCGAUUUGAACUCAGGUUGUUUUUGAGGGAGAAAGCAGUUGCAUAGAGUAUAGCUCUGUAGUGGAACAUGUCUUCUGUAUAACUAGGCUGUUAAACUUUGGUUGUAAACUAGCUGUAAGGAUAUCCCAGUGAAAUAAAAUAAAAUAAAAUAAGAAAAGAAGAGAAAGUGUUCUCCGGGACACACAGAUUCAUGGUUUUUCUCCACUCGAAAUGCGGGCAUUUUAGUCUGUACGUGCUCUAUAAAUCUGUCUUGUCAAUUGUAUAUAUAGAAUCCACGUAUUAAAGAAAAGUCAUCAAACACGCUUGAAUAUUGUUUUUGCACCAAACAUUGAGGAAAUUUGGAGCUAUACAUAUGUGCAGAAGGUUACUACCUAUGGUUUACGUUGAAUUUUAAUUGGGGGAAAAUGAAUGCUUAUUGUAACGGAGUUAAUUUUAUUGAUAAUAAAUUAUACGCUAUGAAACCGCCAUUGGGCUGUUCUAGAUUUGAAUCCUUGAUGAAUCUGGGGUUUCCAUCGGGCUGAACGUACACUGUAUAUUUUGCAAUAGUUACCUCAAGGCCUACUGACCAAAUUGUUGUGUUGAGAUGAUAUUUAACUUUUUGCCAAAUAAAAUAUAUUGAUUCUUUUCUAA